AUGGAGGUUCAAGCAGAAAUGGAGCCUAGCUCGUCCAUUAGUUUAAUCGCAGCUGUUUCAUAUGGCAUUGCUUCAAUGGCAAUGGUUUUUAUCAACAAAGCUGUGAUUAUGCAGUAUCCACAUUCAAUGACCGUUCUUACCCUACAGCAAUUGGCUACUUCAUUGCUUAUACACUUUGGCAGACGAAUGGGAUACACAAGAGCCAAAGGAAUCGAUAUGGCCACUGCGAAAAAGCUUCUCCCGGUUUCCAUCUUCUACAAUGCGAAUGUUGCAUUUGCUCUUGCAAGCUUGAAAGGAGUGAAUAUUCCAAUGUACAUCGCCAUUAAGAGACUCACUCCACUCGCUGUUUUGAUCGCCGGGUAUCUGUUUGGUAAAGGCAAACCAACAACUCAGGUUGCUCUAUCUGUACUACUGACGGCUGCAGGUUGUGUAAUUGCAGCUCUUGGAGAUUUUUCUUUUGAUCUUUUCGGGUAUGGUUUGGCUUUAACAUCUGUCUUUUUCCAGACCAUGUACCUCGUGCUGGUUGAGAAGUCUGGUGCAGAAGACGGACUUUCCUCAAUCGAGAUAAUGUUCUAUAACAGCUUCCUUUCCCUCCCAUUUUUGUCUUUCCUCAUCAUUGUUACCGGCGAAUUCCCAAACUCGAUAUCGCUAUUGCUUGCAAAGUGUUCUUAUUUGCCGUUCUUGGUGAUUCUCGUUCUUUCACUGGUUAUGGGCAUUGUCCUCAACUUCACCAUGUUUCUUUGCACCAUUGUGAACUCUGCACUAACAACAACCAUCGUUGGUGUCCUCAAAGGCGUUGGCUCCACUACGCUCGGUUUUGUCAUCUUGGGUGGUGUUGAAGUACAUGCUUUGAACGUGUCCGGUUUAGUGGUCAACACAGCUGGUGGUGUGUGGUACUCGUACGCCAAGUACCGGCAGAAAAAGGCUAAACCGGCUAAGCUAUUGUCUGAUUUGGAAGCUCACAAAAAAUGA